UAACCGAAUAAUUCACUUUUUUUAAUCUUUUUUUGAAAAGAAAAACGUAGGAGAGAAUUACGAAAAUGUCCUCCUACGGCAAACUCGACGAGGCGGAGCAGGCGAGGCUCGUGGCUCGCCGGAGAACGAGGAAGAGAAUCGCUAUCAUUGCCAUAUCCUCCAUCGUCCUCGCCUGCGUUGUAAUCGGAGCCGUCGUCGGAACCACCACUCACGCCGCAAAAAACUCACGGCAGAACGACGCCGGCGCCGGCGACGGAGGCUCCAUCUCCGCCUCCGUCAAGGCCGUCUGCGAUGUCACUCUCUACAAAGACACGUGUUACAAAUCCAUUGGCUCCUCCCCCAACGCCACGAAUCUCUCCCCCGAACAGCUGUUCAAGCUCGCCGUCAAAAUCACCCUGGAAGAGCUCUCCAAGUCCGCCGCCAAAUUUUCCAACGGUGGCGGAGUAAACGGCGGGAACGUGACGGAGGCGGCGAUGGGGGCGUGCAAGGAGCUUAUAGAGCUAGCGGUAGAGCAUCUCAACGAGACGAUGACGUCACUCGGCGGGAAGGUGACGUCGUUGCCGGAGCUGGCGGAUGAUCUCAGGACAUGGCUCAGCUCCGUCGAGACGUACCAAGAAACAUGCGUCGAAGCACUGGAAGAUGCCAUGACGAAGAACAACGAGAACGUAGAUUUGAAGACGUACGGAGAAACUCAUCUCAAGAACUCGACGGAGAUGACGAGCAAUGCCUUGGCGAUCAUAACGUGGCUCACGAAAAUCGCCGACUCCAUCAAUCUCCGUCGCCGUCUGUUAUCUUCGUCCGGAUUCGGAGUUGACGAAACGUUUCUUGGACGGAGAUUGUUACAGGGAACAGAUUUGAAGAAGAUGGCGAAUAUCGUGGUGGCAAAAGACGGGUCGGGGAAGUACAAGACGAUUAGUCGGGCGUUAGAGGAUGUGCCUGAGAAUAGCGAUAGGAGGACGAUCAUAUACGUGAAGAAGGGAGUGUAUGUGGAGAACGUUAGGGUCGAGAAGAGUAAGUGGAACGUCGUGAUGGUCGGAGACGGACAGGACAAGACCAUUGUGUCGUUCGGACUCAACUUUGUCGAUGGAACUCCGACGUUUCAGACCGCUACGUUCGCUGUGUUCGGGAAGGGCUUCAUGGCUCGGGACAUGGGCUUCCGCAACACCGCCGGACCAGCCAAGCACCAGGCCGUGGCCCUGAUGGUAUCGGCGGGCCUAGCCGUCUUCUAUCGAUGCACCAUGGACGCAUUCCAGGACACACUCUACGCCCACGCCCAACGCCAGUUCUACCGUGAAUGCUCCAUCCUCGGAACAGUCGAUUUCAUAUUCGGAAACUCGGCCGUGGUCUUCCAGAACUGCACCAUCCUUCCCCGACGGCCCAUGACAGGCCAACAGAACACAAUAACGGCGCAGGGACGAACCGAUCCUAACCAGAACACCGGAAUCUCGAUCCACAAAUGCAACAUCUUGCCUUUGGGCAACCUCUCUGGUGUCCAAACGUUCCUUGGUCGGCCUUGGAAGAACUUUUCUACGACGGUGAUCAUGAGAUCGUUCAUGGACGGAUUCGUUGAUCCGAAAGGGUGGUUGCCGUGGGUCGGAGACUCGGCACCCGACACGAUCUUUUACGCCGAGCAUGAGAAUUUCGGACCAGGAGCUUCGACCAAGAAUAGGGUUAAGUGGAAGGGUUUGAGGACUUUCUUGACGAAGAAGGAAGCUAACAAGUUCACCGUGAAACCCUUCAUCAACGGCAACAAAUGGUUGCCGGCCACCGGAGUUCCGUUCAAAUCCGACCUUUGAGUUUUCUUUUUUAAUUUCUUUAUUUCAUUGAAUUCUAUUACAAGGGCUGGUCGGAAAAUUUGAUGUCUAGCCGCCAUUUUGUUUUUGUAACGAACUCACACGUCUCUCUUCUGAUUUUAUAAUUCUGUCGGUUCUUUGUUUUCGUGUGGUUAUGUUGUAAAACUUCUCAAAAGGUUCUUCUCUUCAUCUGUCACUUUUUUUAUGAUA